AUGUUCAAGGAUCAACUAUUUACCGGCUCCGCGCAGCACAUUCUGUGGCCGAUGUAUGUGCCGAAAGAUGGCAACGUGAGGCGUACCACCACCGCAUCUGUUUUUCACAUUGUUAUACAGUACCCUGCCAGUGGUUGGAUGCUGCUGGGAGACUGCUUUCUGGGGAUUACUUCCCAAGUCGUGUGGUUGUUAGACGAGCAUCAGGGUAUUAGCUGUAGUGGCAAGAAGUAGGGCACUCAGAACGAAAGUUCGAACACGAAGGAGAUCGAACGCCCGUGUUUAUUUUGUGGAACGAGGGAGUCAUUCAUGACUUCUGCAGUCCACGCGUUUUCUUGACCCAGUUCACCCCUGGAGCCUGUGUUGGCUGAUACCAAACUGGGUCACAUUUUUUUUUUUUUUUUUGACGUACGUUUUGUGCGUUUUUUUAGUGGCGUGCCGGGGUCGUGAGAUAAUUCCGACCCGACUGGAUUGCCUUGGUUUGCAGUCUUGCCCUAGAGCACGGUGGUCGUGCUGUGAAGUACGUGCGAAGUUUCUAGCAUGAUCUUUUUUAGCGGAGCCUGCGGUGCAUUCUACACGCACGCGUCGUCUUCCAUAUUCGAGGCCGUGUGUGGCCUGGCUCCUUCGCGACGCCCACACUUACUUACAUCGAUGACCGUGUUUUCCUUGUGUACUUCCUCUUGCUAGCGGAUGCACUGUGCGUCUGCGCCAAAGAAUUGCAGUGCGCCAUCCCCAUACCAUAUCCUUCAGUCUUUUUUUUUUUUGCGCAGGUGUGCUAUGAGAUACUCUCUAGCUGUGAGUUGUGCCUCGUAGAUUCAGAAGGCUAGCAAGCACCGUGCUUUUUUUGUGCCGCCUGGCGUUUAUUUCGUGACGCCUUGUUGUGUCUUUUUUACCCAAUGUAGAGUUUCGAUUGAUGUUCUACAAGGGUGUAGUCUGCUAGAUGCGCGCGGACUGCUUCCGUGACGAUGUAUUGA